GGGCUUUCUAUGUACGGAGGAUUUAGACUUUUUAGGGAUAUAUUUGGACAACCUGGUAAUGGUAAAUUAACAGUAAUCCAGACUUAAAGAACAAAUCCGUGAACUCGUUAGUCAGCUCACUUUGUGACAGUAUGUUUGGAGGCCCUGGGCCAGUAGGAGGCACCCAAGGACUGAUAAACUGUAAACAAAAAAGCUGAAUGACUUGACUGACAAUAGGUAAACUAAACUACAACACAAAUGACAUCACUUUCAGCCCAUUUCUAGUCAAAUAUGCAGUUUUAACAGAAUUUACAUGUCUCAAUACUAGCACACAUAACACAGAAUAUAAUUGAAAGUGUCUUAAAUGUGUCUUAAAAAAAACAAAAUAAACACAGAACAGCGCCAAAAAAAGACGUGGUGGCCAAAAGUAUAUUACACCCUUAAUUCUCGUCGCCAUGGCGCUCCUGCGAGUUUAGCAACGGCCUUUACCGUUGCCAUAGCAACCAGCGGAGUUUGUAAGCUGCCGGAGUUUCUACGUGUAGCAUCGAUUGUGUUUUAAUCGUAUAAUCGCCAUAUGCACAUUGACAAAUACAUGUUCACAUAUAAGUGAAAUAAACGGAUUUCGUGAAAGAUGGACGCUAAUGACGGAAACCAAGACAGCAGUGAACACAGACUGCAGUCGGCCGCUUCUUUCAAGGCUUUCAUGUUGAAAAACAGUACAAAGAGCAACCUGAACCUCUACGACCACCUCACCCAGGUGCUCAUAAAGGUAAUGAAUGAGCGCCCACACAACGUGGUGGAUGUGAUAGAGGAUAUAAGCCACGAUAUAAAGCGGGGUUUACUCCGAGACAUACAGAUCGCCAUGCAAGACAGUCCACAGACUACAACGGCUGAGCUACUGGCUGAACAACAGCGUGCACUGUUUUCACGUUCAGAAGAAGCUGACCAGGAGGAGGAACUGGGUGAAGCAGCUCUUCCUAACGUGAGUGAGAUUGGCUUCUACAUGGAGCAGGCUGGAGUGGGUCUGGGCAGAGAGGAGAUACAGAGGAUCUUUUUCGCACUUAAGCAGCUUGUUGAGUCACAGAUGCUGCCACGCUGCCGACUGUGGGGCAAGAUCCUGGGAACAGAGAGCAGCUACAUUGUUGCUGAAGCUGAGUACAGAGAGGGCGAGGAGGAAGAGCAGAAUUCAGACGAAGCAGCAGAGGAAGAGGAGAGGGUCCCCAGUACUCAGGAAAAUGAGAAUGAGAUCGAUCCAUUACCUCAGUCAGUCUAUAAGCCCCCACCAGUGGUGCAGAAGGAGCCCAUAGGAACAGGUGCUAACAAGUGUGUUUACUAUGUGUGCAAAGAACCUGGCCUUCCCUGGGUAAAACUUCCUCCAGUUACCCCAGCACAGAUUACUGUUGCCCGGCAGAUCCGUAAAUUCUUCACUGGGAGGCUGGAUACACCAGUUGUGAGCUACCCGCCUUUCCCCGGCAAUGAAGCCAACUACUUGAGAGCACAGAUUGCUCGGAUCUCUGCCGGCACACAGGUCAGCCCCCAGGGCUACUACCAAGCUGGAGAGGAAGAAGGCGACGAGGACAAUGAGGCACCCCGGGACAGCUACGAAGUGAAUCCUGAGUUUGAGGGUUUUCCAGUAGCUGAAAUGGCUGAGUCUUUGUCCACGUGGGUGCAUCAUGUUCAACAUAUUCUGCAGCAGGGUCGCUGUACGUGGGUGAACCUGGCCGUGAAACCAGAAGAAGACAAUGAGGAAGCAGAGGCCGAUGAAAAAGAAGAAGAGCCUGAUGAACCCGAGCCAGAGGUUGGACCCCCUCUGCUCACUCCCGUUUCCCAAGAUGCAGAAAUGUUCAACACCCCUUCUUGGAGCUCCAAGCUGUCCUCCCAUCUCACCUCUCAACAUGCAGUAGCUGUGCUGCGUUCUAACCUGUGGCCAGGGGCAUAUGUGUACGCUUGCGGAAAGAAAUUUGAGAACAUAUACGUUGGAUGGGGUCUGAAAUAUGCAGGGGAAGGGUAUAGUCCAGCAUUACCUCCGCUUCCACAGAAGGAAUACCCCAGUGGACCGGAAAUCACAGAGGCCCUGGACCCAUCCGUGAAGGAAGAGCAGUUGAGAGAAGAUUUAGAGGAGGAGAAAGCCGCACAGGAGGAGAUGGACGAGUCAGAUGAAGACGAGGAGGAAGAUGAUGAGUGACAUUGUAAAAUAAAAAUGUAUUUGUUAGUUAGUGAACAAAUAAAUAGAUAUAAUGAGCAAUAUUGGCUGAUUGACUCUCAUGAGACGGUUGUAAAGCCUGUAAAGUCCGACCACUAGUAUAAACAAUAUACCUAAUCCCUGAUCCCUAGAUUGUUUGCUUAGUUGAACUUGCUUGUAGCAUUGAUGGAAACUCAUGCGGGAUCUCUGGGAACAACUUCACCUGGGUUUGGGUUUGUUUUUUUUUUUCUUUUUUUGUACCACUAAAUGUUUGUCACUCGAGUUAGAUUUUGCAUGUUUUUGAACUUGCCUGAACAAGAACUAGUUCCUGGGUGUUUUGGGAGGUAAUUCUGAGGAGGCUUUUGGGCAUGCCUGGAGAAGCAGAGAGGAAACAAGGAAGAACUGGUUGGUUAAAAAUGUCAGUGUUUAUUUAUGAAUUUAGUAGUCCUAUGGAUGGAUUCACAGAGUGGUGGUGAUGGCAGCUGUUUAACACCAUUAUGUCACAUCCUGUUUUUAUAGGGUCAAAUAACCAACUAAAAUGGACAUUUCAGCAUGCAUCAGCAUUAUAUUAGCUACAUGAAAUGACAGAAAACAUCCUUGAAAACGACAGACGUGUAUUUUAGUGUUGUAGUUUGGUCCAAGUCCCACCCACUAACAUAUUGUGGGUGGGUGGGAUGGCAACUUGCCCGAUAAAGGGUAUAUGGAGAACUGAAAAGGAGUCUAACAGCUAAUUUUUUCGAUGAGAGAACAAACGAGUCUGUGUAAAUGAGGAGGAUAUAUUUACUGACAUGCAUCCAUGUCCACUGACAGUUAAAAUCUAGACAAAACCUUAAAAGUACGCGUGAGGCUGAAUAACUUCAUGGGCAUAGGAAACACUGACUACACUGAAAUCCAUUUACUGUACUUCAUGAGGGACGCUGGUCCUGAAGUAAUUACACAUAUCAUGUAUCAAACCUAUUUGUACGUCACACAGAAGGAUGGAAAUGGUCCUUAUUUAUGUGGGAAUUGCUGAGCUUCCAGCUGCUGAAGACUACUGGGCCAUGGAGACCAGGGUCUCCUAAGAGGUUCAGGCAACAUUAUCAGGUCAAAUGUGGUCUGCAGUGUCUGCAGGGUCCACCUCUGCAUGAACACUGAGCGUAACUGCUUCAUUCGGUACCACAGGCAGUGGCCUGAUGUCUUUAUUUGUACAUGUACAAAGUUAUGUUUUGAAAUACAUGUUACUUUAACCUUC